UUCCCGCUGCUCCCUCGCUCCUCGUAAGGGGGUGCAGGGUGCGCGCUUUAUUGGUCCGCGCUUAUUGGAGGAAGGCGCAAUUUGAAUUCGCGAAUAACUCCUCCUGCGAGUCAAAAACUUCCAUUUUGUAUCUGUGUGGCUGUCAGGUGGUAAGACCCCGUGUCCUCCGCUUCUCUGAGUAGCUUCUUUUUGUGUUCGCACUUCUGACCUUCACCCUCUCGGAGUUUGUCUGGCCAUGCGAGGAGGAGCUCACUCGAACCAAAUCGGCGGAGAGGGUUCUUCUAAGAGAUUAUUCUUUUUGGCGGAGAGGGUUCUUCUAAGAGUUUAUUCCUUUCUUUGCCUAGCUGCCUCCUAGUAUCGCGCCAAAGGACUCCCCUUUUUGCGUGUUUGUGCAUGGAAUAGAGCGUCAGGCCUUUCUCUUGCCACUCUCACUCGGCACCUCUCCUUCUUGCCUCCUCAGAGCUGUCUUCUCUCGAACAACUCUGUAGUGAAAUUAGCUGCCGGCAACUACGUCGAAAAAAAAGCGCGCCUCCGGUUCAAAUCAGUUGGCUUUCCAUGGCGUGUGCGGUGUGGACCACGUGCGUCGAAGCAGUGUUUGCCUGCGAAGGGGCCCAUCGCUGUGGAUACUCGUACUCAGCGCAACAUGUGCCUCUGAUAUCAACGUGCAGCACCCGGUAAAAUAUUGCUUUUUCUUAUCGCUGUAGUGCGGAGAGACAGUGCGAUUUCAGCUUUCUAAACACCGUGCUCACUAGGCACUACCAUCUCACUGAUUUAUUGCGCCAACUUUGAUCUCGAAUUGGCGCUUGGCAUUGCCAGCGGUUUUUUUUUUUUACUUAAGAACUAUUGUGCUCGUUUGUUCUCUACAGUCACUGGAAUUAGGGUUGCCUAACAUUGUACGCUGGAUUCGGUCAUCGCAUUAACAGAAACGUUAAUAAGGAGCAACAGCUCAAGAGUGUGGAAAUCGAUAACUCGUGAUAAUUCAGCACUUGAGAAUGGUUGCGAAAGAGCGCGCUAGUGGGAAACAUUUCUGACGAACGCAGUGCAUGUCGAACUCCACCACUUGCUGAUUAUUUUCGAAAAGGUGUAUUUUCGCCGAAGCUUUCUGCAUAGCUCGUAAAUGAACACGGACUUGAAACAGUUGUGACUCGCAUGUGUGGUAACGUGUACAUUGCGACGUUACCACAUGGUCACCGUGUCAAGACAAAACGAAAGCAAUAGUUGUUCGUGCAUGUUCAUUGCAUCACCAGAAGUUCAUGAUCGUUAAUAAAGAGUCGCCAAUAAACUGGCGGACUCUGCCGUAGUCGGCUUACGUUUCCCGCACCUUUUUCGCAAGAUUGUUUGGAACGUUUUACAACGUUAACGUUCCUCUUGCAUGAAUGAACGGUUAAACAACCUUUUUUCGUCUACUUAACUGUAAGAGUUUCGUAUUCAGUGAAUGUGUGGAUUUUGAUUCUUGUACACACUCUUGCGAAAUGUGCGAGAAAAAGAAGCGAAGUGUCCUUUACAGUGUAGUAUUUUAUUACAUGGGAGUUCGCUUUAAUUUAUCAUUACCUUAAACGACGAAACGAUUAACAACACUGCUUGAGCCGUCGCUGAAUUUCAUUUUCAAGGCAGUGAUACCUUGGACUGGUGGGGAAAUAUGCCAUUCAUUGAAUCGUACGAAUGAACGCAUUACAUGCUCGUGCGCAAUCAUAUUUCAGUUUGCUGUAUUCGCCACUCUCUGCUUCAAAUAGACAUUUUUCAGACUUAUAGAAAUAAUAGCAGCAACAUCAAUAUCGACAACAACUAGUAUCCUGUACAAAAUUACGCAGAAGCUUUAUCAUAAAUUUCUUUUAGAACUACCUAUAGCUGCCAUAAUAUACAUAUUUGAUACGAUAACAGUGCAUGAGUACAUGCACUCAUAGCCAGGGUGUUGGAUGUUGAGGGAAUAGUGCGAAUUAAAUUCACUGUUUUUCGUGUUAAAAAAAUCAAACCAAAAAUUCUUGACGGUAUCCUCACACGUGGUCUUGUUGCACAGUUUAUUUAGUAUUUCCAGACAGGAUUUAUGGAAGACUUACCAUUUCUAGAUUGCCUUGUAUCGCGGUCGGCAACACGAAGCAGCGUCUUCUAUAAGCCCCCAAAAUGACCAACUGAAACUAAAGGAGCUUUUUGUUACGUUUAGGUUUAAUAAAACGAUCAACUUCCAGUGGUUGCUCUCAUUAUUUAGAAAACCUCUAGCAAGAGGUGCGCUCUGAAGAUGGCGCUUAUAAAAUAGAGGGAUAAAUUUAGUCUGCACUAGAGCUUGUGGUUGAAAAACAGUCUUACAGGACAGCGUUACUGACUUCUGCACUUAGUGAUCUUGGACAAUGGUCCCACUGCCAGGUAAUAUGUUCCUAUAAAUAAAGAGGAAUAUUGCGGGAUACUUUUCAAUACGAACCUUAUCUGUUCGAUAAUGCCAUGAAGCGGACGAGCGAAAACAAAGAUGAAGUCGGCAGUAUAGCUUAGUAUUUAAUACAUUUCAUUAAGCACGCAAUUUCACCUUGCAUUACCACCCCAUCUGCAUGAGCAGUAAAAAUAAACCUGCUCUUCUUCCGUUCUUUUCAGUUGAAGACUCUAAGAACACGGUACGGUAGGACAAACACUGCAACAAGGGGGUCACCGAAGGAAGCAAGAAUGUAAUAACGCUUACCGUAUGUCGUACGGGAGAAUGACCCCAAACUAAGCGCGUAGACCCACUGUUCGUGAAAAGCACUCAAGUGGAUCGAGCAAAACGGCACCGCGAGAGACGCCGCUCACCAUGCAGGACGCAAACUUCGUGAGCACCAUACCCACACCUCCGUACGAACACGGCGCCCACUCCGGAGGGCACAACUGGCCCGACUUCCGGUUGCCUCCCGUGACGAUGGCGCCGACACUUGGGAAGCAGCCCAUGUUCGAGGUCGACGUCUUCGAGUCCUUUUUUAAGCCACUUUACCUUGCGGAAGACCUCAAGCUGACUUCGCAGACCGACCUCUUGGCUGAGCCGCAGACGACUUCGGCCGAACAGCCGCAGCGAGAGGUGCAGCAACGCAGCGCCACGGCAGCCUCUUCGCCAGGAAUUGUCGAUGGCUCGGUGGAAUGGCUCCAGCUCCGGACAGCGCGCGAUGUGCCGCUUCAGCAGCCCGUCGAAGAGAUGACGAACUUGGUGCCAGGAGUGGGUGGGAAAGCCCGCCAGGAUUCGUCGCCGCACAUGUACGACGACGGCUCCCUCGAGCACGCUGCGUCGCGCUGCUGCGGGUUCGAGACACCAGAAGAGAGGCGAACAUCGCCGGAGAGCUUGGCCUGCUCGCCAGGAGAGCACGACGAGUGGGCAAUCGAAGACGUCGCCGUCUCUGUGAAGAGCUGGCCUUCCGCGUCACCGGCCGACGCGGCGGCGGCUGAUUCAGCUGCCGGACGUGAAUCAGCCGAGCGGCGCCGCCGGAACUCGGGGAGCCGGAGCGGCGUUUUCGAAGACGCCGCCAACCAAGCGGCGCCGGUCGCCGCCGCCGUCGGCGUCAACGGAACGUCGGUGUCUCCUGACGCUGCCGUGCCCGAUGUUUCCACGGCGUCGACGGUGAGCUUCUCGGAGACAGUGACUCCUGACCGGGAAGAGAGUGCCGAAUCCGAGACGGAGAAAGCGGAAGUGUGGCUGCCCACAGACCCUACCCAAUGGGACGGCAACGACAUCUGCGUAUGGCUACGCUUUAUGAGCGACAACCUCGGGCUGCCGGCGCUGGACGCCGCCAAGUUCCCGGACAACGGUGCAGCACUGUGCGCGCUUACACCGGAGCAGUUCCUCGAGAGAACGGACGCUCGCUCGGCCAAAAUACUCAACGACUUCCUGGUUUUAAGAAAGAGGGAUGCCGGCCUCUUCAAAGGGCCCGCGCUGGACGCCCCAUUCAGCCGCGACAGCGGCGAUGGCUGCGGCGGCCGCCCGAAGAAGACGUCGUACUCCGAGGCCCUCCGCAAGUCCGGCUGGUCUGCGGGCUCUCCUGCCAAUGGAGGCUACGAACACCAGACUUCUGUCUCGUCCUGUUUCAGCGCUCAAUCGCUCACUGCGUCGAGCAAAGCCGAUGCACAAUCCCCCCAGAGGUCUUCGACACCUGACUCUUUUCAAAUGUUUCGGGCUGCCAGCGCACGGUUCUCGUCACAAGGCAGCGGCCAGAUCCAGCUGUGGCAAUUCCUACUCGAGCUCCUCUCGGACAGCAGCAACGCCAACUGCAUCACCUGGGAGGGUAGUAACGGCGAGUUCAAGCUCAUCGACCCGGAUGAAGUGGCCCGGCGCUGGGGCGAGCGCAAGAGCAAGCCUAACAUGAACUACGACAAGCUGAGCCGCGCGCUACGCUACUACUACGACAAGAACAUCAUGACCAAGGUGCACGGCAAGCGCUACGCCUACAAGUUCGACUUCCACGGCCUGACGCAGGCGCAGCAGCCGCCUACGCCCGAGUCGUCAGCCGCGUAUCGCCUACAGACCGAGCUGUUACUACCUCACUACCGGAGUAACUACAUCGGGGCCCACCAGCCGGCGCCGAUGGGGUUGGCUCCAUCAGCCGCGGCUGCAGCCGCCGCUGUGCGUAGUCCUUACUGGACGCCGAGCGCCACGGGAGCCUGCAACCUGUACCCCAAUCUGUCGGGACACUCGCUCACGCACGCUGGACACAGAGCCAACGGCCUGAGUCACUAUUACACAUGACUCUCGUGCGGAUACCGUAGCGGCGACCACCAUGGUGUCGCACCACCAUUGAGACUGGCCCAUUAGUCGUGAACUGCGAAUUGUGAGAGACUAUAGGCACGGAAGGAUUGAACACAUUGGACGCCGUAGAAUCGGCGCAGAAUGGUGAUCCUGUGUUCUAGUUUCUUUCGGUGCACUUGGGUGAUUCUUUUGCAGACGUGUUUUUAUGGGCGCAGCGUUGGACCUCCGAAUGCUGCUUGAUUUUGUGCUUUGCAACAAGCCCGCGACAAGUGUACUGAGAAGUGUGAGUAGAAUCUUGUGUGAGGGUAAGCGACACUUGCGGUAAUGUGGUGGGUUUGUUGUCUUCUGCAGGCAAAAACAAGUUGUGAUCUGUCGCUAGAGUUGUUUUUUGUUGAUACGCACAGUGGACAAAGUACAAGUACCGGAAUGUCUAUGCGUGUGCAAGAGUUCCGCAUGCCUGCAGUCGCUGCGAAAGUCAUGACUAAACUGUCGACCUGCACAGGGAUUAAAGGGGUAUGCUAAGUUGAAGGGUCGAUUUUUGAACAGUUUAACCGAUUUUAAUAAAGAACUUGUGGAAUGAUUUA